AUGCGGGGCCCGUGUGGCCGUCCGGUUGCCUCAAACGGCAACAGGCACGGGAGGGUUUCCUGGCGCCGAGCCGGGUACGUACCAAUCCUGGUCGGCAGCCAUGUACCCUGCCACUGCAGCUCUGCGCGCGGGAUACCUCUUCGCCACUCGCUACUCGGGGCACUGGGCCAACUGCAACAAUUUGAGGUGCGCCGGGCGCGUGCCUUGCAGGUUCAAAAGCGGCCAGGGCUUGCUUGGGGGGGCUUGGGAGCUCCACCGCUCUGCGCUGCGAUUUGCCGGAGUCUUUGGGGAAAAGGGAAAGACCAGCGCGGCGGAGACAAGGCGCCUACUACGACGAAGUACUACGUAGUAGGUUCUGGCAACGUCAUCUAUCUAGAUAACACCCGCCCAUUCGUUCCAGUGCACAAAGCUUCAGCGUCGGAUUCUGAUAUCAUAGAUCUCCUCGCCAGUGGCCGUCCAUACCUAGCAGGCUUUCAGUCACUCCAGCAUCAUAGAUUUGGAUCAGAUCAUUCGAUUUUUGAUUUCACUGAAUCUCGCGUCCAUACCCCUCAGCGCUGCAGCCAAUCCCUGUACGCCUUAAUCUAG